GACAGAAGAUCUGGACGAGAAGCGAGCCCUGCAAGAGAAGUUCCGAAAGUUCUUGGACCUGGCAGACGCCAAGCUAGAGAAAAUUUCAGACCGGCUGGGCAUCGUGAAAGCUGCUCAGUUGGAUGAUGCCCGCAAAGCAGCUGCCCUUGUGGGCUUGGUCAUAAGGAACGAGGGCAUCACGCAGGAUAUCUCUCGAGACUGGAGCAUCGACUACACGUGCCAUCCUGUGCGGCCGUGCAGCUACAGGGGCAGCAGUGUUAGCGAGCCCGCUGCUGCAAUCAACUUCGAAGGCAUGACCUUCCCGGGGUUCUUCUUCGCAGUGCCUUGCUUGCUUCGCCAUGUGAGUUUGUCUGUCGACUGCUUCCUUUUCCUCUCAGGGGCUCCUGUGCGGCAUCUUACAAUCCAGAUCUGCCGGCGACAGAUGUGGACGAGGCUUUGA